CAUAAUAGGUGCCUGUGUUGCUGGCCAUUCAGACUCUGGAGGCGACACGGAGGCAUCCAGUGUCUGCACCUUGUUUUCUUUAUCAUUUUGAUGUCAAACUCUUAAUUUGAAGACAACUAUUUUUAUUCCCUGCAGCCUCUUCGCGUAAACUUGGAUUUAUUGAUAUUUUACGUUUUAAAACCUCCCCAAUUUUUGUUUGAGGGGACCAUAUUGUCAGUUAAAUUAUAAGCCCUGUAUGCUUUUUUUUAAUCUUACCUCUACGGCGCAGCCCCUCUGCACAGCGUCUUUACGCGUUUGGAGCUGCAUUUCAUCCAGUGCGUUAUUGAAACCGCACUUCUCUUACGCAUUCAAAAAAGCAUGGCCAAGCUCCGUAGCAGCCACGGAGCUUUCGUUUUCUAAACUACCAAACAUGAAGUAAGGACUUAUUACAGACUUUUUGUUAUCUGAGGACGAGAGGAGGACUUCCAGACGCACCUUCCAGAGACCAGACUGAUCCUGCAUGAGCGCGCAGCCCUGACGCAUCAGCAGAGGAGCACACUGCGACAUGGAGAUCAUUUCCAAUGAAAGUGAGAUCUGGCAGUUCAACGGAUCGUGGAGGAACUCAAGCCUCGGUAACGGCACCGGCGCUCUGAAUCAGACGAACCCCCUGAAGCGGAACGAGGAGGUGGCGAAGGUGGAGGUGACGGUGCUGGCGCUGGUGCUGUUUCUGGCGCUGGCGGGGAACCUGUGCGUCCUGCUGGCCAUCCACACCACCAAACACAGCCAGUCCCGCAUGUAUUACUUCAUGAAGCACCUGAGCAUCGCCGAUCUAGUUGUGGCAAUAUUUCAAGUUCUCCCCCAACUUAUCUGGGACAUCACAUUCCGGUUUUAUGGACCUGACAUUUUGUGCAGGUUGGUGAAAUACCUGCAGGUGGUUGGAAUGUUCGCCUCCACGUACAUGUUAGUUUUAAUGUCCAUCGACAGAUGUUUGGCCAUCUGUCAGCCUCUGCACUCCUUGCAUCGGAGAAAAGAUCGAAUUUAUGUCAUAUUGUCAUGGUUGCUGAGUUUGAUCUUCAGCAUCCCGCAGAUGUUCAUCUUCUCCCUCAGAGAGGUUGGCUCGGCCGGGUCAGGAGUGUACGACUGCUGGGGCGACUUUGUGAAGCCCUGGGGGGCCAAAGCUUACAUCACAUGGAUCAGUCUCACCAUCUACAUCAUCCCAGUGGCCAUCCUGAGCAUUUGUUACGGGCUGAUCAGCUUCAAAAUAUGGCAAAAUUUCAAACUGAAAACCAAACGGGAGCAGUGCAUUAACCUGACGCCCAAAACAUCCCAGAACAACACCCUGGCCCGGGUGAGCAGCGUCAAGCUCAUCUCCAAGGCAAAGAUAACCACAGUGAAAAUGACUUUUGUGAUAGUCGUGGCAUACAUCGUCUGCUGGACCCCGUUUUUCUCUGUCCAGAUGUGGUCUGCCUGGGAUCAAGCGGCUCCCCGUGAGGCCAUGCCCUUCAUCAUCUCCAUGCUGCUGGCGAGCCUGAACAGCUGCUGCAACCCCUGGAUCUACAUGUGCUUUGCCGGCCACCUCUUCCAUGACCUUCGGCAGAACCUCCUGUGCUGCUCCACUCGCUACCUCAAGUCACCCGAGUGCCGCUGCGAGCGAGAUUUCAAUUCCAGUCACAAAAGCAACUCCUCAAACUUCGCCAUUAAGAGCACAAGCAGCAGCAGAAGCAUUACUCAGACUUCCACCACAUGAGCCCCCAUCCUCCACCGCUAAGCCUCUCACCUCAUGCUGCUGCACGUCAAAUUUCUGGUUUCUUGAUUUCCUCGGUAACUUCUCAACUCCAGACUUGUUAUGUUUUAAACUUAACAGUAAAGACACAAGAUCAAAAAAGACUAACUUCAGUCUUUUGAAUAUUUUUUGUUAAGUUUCUAUACAACCUUCCUCAUUUCAGUGUAUAGGCUGUAUUUGUGUUCGCUGUACAGAAAAUGUAAAUGAGCAGAGAGCAUUUCUAGUGUGUUGGAGCACAGUUAUCCAUACUAAACCAGUCAAUGUCACCAGCAAACUGUGUGGAUCAUAUUUUUUUGGGUUUUAUUGAACUUGUUCUUGUAUUCUACUGCCCACUUUGCCACAAUAUUGCACACAUGUAAACAGUCAUGGUUGUCACUGGUAAAGACUUGAGAAAUGGUUUCAAAAAUAAAAGUAUAAGAAUUGGGUGACUUUGUAGCAGAGACUCAUGCAGCACAUUCAUCACUUAUAAAUCCUGUUUACCUGCAUAAACAUCCGAAACUACUGAGGUCGGAAUCAGCUUCAAGAAUCCAAGGCUGUCUGUUGGCAUAAGAACGUGAAAAAGUGCUCAAAGGUCUGAGAAUGUUUAACAAAAAAUAAAAGCAGACAUUUUUAUGC